AUGGAAUGCAACCAAAAGUAUGAAGUAGCAAGACAAUUGACUUAUGUAGAGUUACACAUGAAAUUUGUUUGGAAACAACCUACGCGAGAAUGGGCACCUAGGUCGAAAGGGUUCUCACUUGGCAGGGUAUACCAUGUCAGUCCAGGUUCUGAUUUAACUCUAACUGAUGAACAAAUUCAAGCUUUUGCACGGGCAGAUAUUGAAGCUAAACUACAAAGUAUUAGGCCUGGUUCUGACUUAGCUGCAUUGCUCAUGAGAACAAAGCUAAUUAUCUGGGAUGAAGCACCAAUGAUGCACAAAUAUUGCUUUGAAGCACUUGAUAUGAGUUUAAAGGACAUUAUGCAAGCUAGUGAUCGAGAUAAUUUACAUCGACCAUUUGGAGGUAAAGUUGUUGUGUUUGCUGGUGAUUUAAGACAGGUUUUGCAUGUUAUACCCAAGGGUACAAGGCAAGACAUAGUAUUUGCGACCUUCAGCUCUUCGUUUCUAUGGGAUUCAUGUAAGGUUUUGAAGCUUAUACACAAUAUGAGACUUCAAUCAUGUUCUUCUUCGUCGACUGCUAAUGAAAUAAGGGACUUCUCAGAAUGGAUACUGAGCGUUGGUGAUGGCAGAGCUGGAGGGCCCAAUGAUGGAGAAGUCGAUAUUGAAAUCACUGAAGAUAUUCUUAUAGACGAUGGAGAUGACCCCAUAUCAUCAAUUGUUGACAGCACAUACCCUUCACUCACUAAUCACCUUUGGGAAGCCAAAUACUUCCAAGAAAGAGCAAUUCUAGCUCCAACUAAUGAAAUAGUUGAGAAGGUAAAUAAUCAUGUGUUGUCCACAAUUCCAGGUGAUGAGAAAAUUUGA